AUUCUUCUUUACCUUCUAGUAUAAGGAGAGUGGAAAAGACUAUAACAAGAUCCAAAUAUACUUGUUGUCUUUUACUGUGUGAAACAUUUCACGUUUGCGCUGCUGAUUUACCCGUACUUGACAAGUCAUCAGAUAUCCUAUAGACACAGCAGACAUAACAUAAUAGCAAACCAAGAAUUUGUAUAAGCCUAUAUCAUCUUGCACUAUCUAUCCCAUUCCUAUACUUAUAGCUGUCCAGACCAUUGACAUCUAAUAGACAUAUCGUAGACAACACAGACACAUAACAUCCCUUGAGAUUAACACAAAUAUCAUAAUAAAAUGCCCUCCGUCGACCAAGGUGCUUCCACCAUAUCAUCUUCCAUUUCAUUGGUGAAAACCAUCAUUGGAGCAGGCUUGCUUUCAAUGCCUCUCGCAUUUUCCACUGAUGGUCUUGUUGCGGGAGUUCUCAUUAUUCUCCUAGCAGCCUUCACAUCAGGCUACGGGCUCUUUCUUCAAGCCUACACCUCCAAAUACGUACCAACAGGACAUGCUACUUUUUUCAACUUGUGUUCGGUGACUUACCCCAGUUUGUCUGUAGUGUUUGACAUUGCUAUUGCCGUUCAAUGUUUUGGCUGCGCCUUGUCGUACUUGGUUUUAAUCGGAGACAUAACCCCAACCAUCGUCACUUACGUUCCUUAUAUAGACCCAGGCAACUACAGAACAUUCUGGAUCUUGGUUUCGACACUUGUGUGUGUUCCCCUUUCGUUUCUCAAGAACUUAGACUCGUUGAAGUACACCUCUGUGCUCGGAUUGGUGGCUAUUCUCUAUAUGUCGAUUCUUGUCGUCAGCCACUUCUUCAUUGGUGAUGUUCCUCAAGAACUCAAGGGCAAUAUUACCUUGAUGCCUCCCAAUGUUUCUGGUGUGUUCAGUACGUUUUCGAUUAUCGUGUUUGCUUUCACUGGCCACCAGAACAUGUUUUCCAUCGUAAAUGAAGCCGGAGAUAAGUCGUUGUCCAGUCUUACACGUCUUGUAAAUAACGCCAUUCUCAUCUCAUCGGGUUUCUUCAUCUUAGUCGGUAUCACCGGAUAUCUUACAUUUGGUGAUAACGUAAAUGGUAACGUAAUUUUGCUGUACGCUGAUGGAUGGACUACUGCCUUGGGACGAUUCUGUAUUGUCUUCAUGGUGAUCUUCUCAUUCCCCUUGAUGAUCCACCCAGCUAGAAUCUCUGUUAACAACAUAUUCUACUGGACCAAAAUUAACGUAUUUCAUGGUCAUGAAGACAUAAAUGCUACUCUUACAACUUCUGCUACAGAGAGCUCUACCUUGUUAGGCAGUGACCCCAGCCAAGAAUCGUUGGAGACAGCGGCUGCAAAGAAAGAAUCUCACAUUGUGCCGUUCUCUCACAAAACUUUUGUUGUUAUCACUACCAUCUUGUUGUUUGCCGGUUACACACUUGCCAUUAGUAUCACAUCGUUUGCGUUGGUGUUGGCCAUUGUAGGAGCCACUGGAUCGACGGCCAUCUCGUUUAUUUUGCCAGGUUUGUUCGGUUACAAGUUGAUUGGCUCUGAGCUGGACGACCCUAGCAUUCUUGAGACUGUUUUCAAGAACCUUUCUUUGGCUUUGACCAUAUGGGGCUUUGUGGUGAUGGUGUUGUGUUUGUACACCAGCUUAUUCUUGAACCAGGUUUAGAAAUGAGGGAGGCUACUUACUGAAAGACAGAAAACACAGAAGAAGAGACAAAAGAAUCUACAGACAGAAGACUAGAAGCCUUAGGGGUUUACAGUUUAGAUUGAUUGGUUCAAUAAAAUUCACCAGGCCAAUUGAACGAACGCCGAGACUACAGUACAUAUAAUAUUUUUAUAUAUGGGACCCAUAUAAAUAGUAUGAAUUGGCGAUUCUAAA